ACGUGUGUGUGUGUGUGUGUUUGAUUUGCGCGCACACGUUUCCAUCACGCAUGCAGUAAAGUCAGUGAGCGCGUGAAGCGGCUGGAGCGGUGAUAGGCAGCACUCACAGCCGGGAUCGGCGGCUCGUUCCCCGGCUGAACCCACCCGGACCCGCCGCGGCUCCGGUUCUGCAGGAUUACUGAGGGAUCUGAAGCGGAUCUGGAUCUGCUGGAUUACUGAGGGAUCUGCUUCAUUCACCGCGAUGCGCGCUCCACACCGCGCCGUGGUGGUCGGGCUGCUGCUCCUCUGGAUCUUCUCACCCAGUCUGGAGGUGGUCCUGCCCGGCAGACCUGUGGACGCUCUGAAGACGUGCAGCCCGAAGCAGUUUGUGUGUGAGGACGGCGUGAUGUGUAUCUCUAAAGGAUGGAGGUGUGAUGGAGAGAAGGAUUGUCCUGAUGGAUCUGAUGAAGCUCCUGAUGUCUGUCCUCAUACCCGGGCGUCUCUGUGCCCCCCAAACGAGCACCAGUGUGAGGGGACAGAAGUUUGUGUGCACAUGAGCAAGCUGUGCGACGGCGCCCCCGACUGUCCGGACAGAGGGGACGAGGGGGCACACUGCAGAGAGUUGAUCUCUAACUGUACCCUCGCUGGGUGUAAGGAUUCCUGUGCUAUCACCCACAAUGGCUCUGUGUGUUACUGCAAACCGGGUUACCAGAUCAACCAGGACGGUAAAUCCUGUAAAGAUUUUGACGAGUGUACGGUGUACGGCUCGUGCAGUCAGACGUGUAUCAACACCGCCGGCUCGUUCCUCUGCUCCUGUGUGGAGGGAUACCUCAGUCAGCCCGACAACCGCUCCUGUAAAGCCAAAAACGUUCCAGUAGAGCGCCCCCCGAUGUUGCUAAUCGCGAACGCUCAGAACAUCCAGGCUACGUCCCUGAGCGGCACCGCCAGCGCCUUCCUCCACACCAGCACCAAACAGACCACGGCCAUGGACUUCCUGUACAGAGAGGAAACGGUGUGCUGGAUCCACGUGGGCGACGCCCCCGCCGCCACGCAGCUGAAAUGCGGCCGGAUCAGCGGGAUGAAGAGCUUCAGCGGCGAGAGGGCGGUGAACAUCUCGCUCAGCCUGCACCACGUGGAGCAGAUAGCCAUCGACUGGCUGACGGGGAACUUUUACUUUGUGGACGACGUGGACGAUCGAAUAUUCGUGUGUGAUGAAGACGGAGCCACGUGUGUCACCCUGCUGGAUCAGGAGCUCUACAACCCUAAAGGAAUCGCUCUGGAUCCUACCAUGGGGAAGUUGUUCUUUACGGAUUACGGACAGAUCCCGAAGGUGGAGCGCUGUGAUAUGGAUGGACAGAACCGGACGAAGCUGGUGGACAGUAAGAUCGUUUUCCCUCACGGCAUCACGCUGGACCUGGCGAGCAAGAAGGUUUACUGGGCCGACGCCUACCUGGACUACAUCGAGGUCAUCGACUACGAGGGCAAGAACAGACACACCAUCAUCCAGGGACUGCUGAUCGAGCAUCUCUACGGUUUGACAGUUUUUGAGAAUUAUCUUUACGCUACGAACUCGGACAAUGCCAACAUGCAGCCGAAGACCAGCGUACUCCGGGUCAACCGCUUCAACAGCUCCGAUUAUCAAGUGGUGACGCGGGUGGACAAGGGCGGGGCGCUGCACGUCUACCACCAGAGACGCCAACCUCCAGUCCGCAGUCACGCGUGUGAGGUGGAUCAGUUGGGGAAGCCGGGCGGAUGUUCAGGUCUCUGUUUACUGGGUAACAGCCACAAGAGUCGAACCUGCCGCUGUCGCUCGGGGUUCAGCCUCGGCAGCGACGGCAAAUCCUGCAAGAAGCCGGAGCACGAGCUGUUCCUGCUGUACGGUAAAGGUCGUCCCGGGGUCAUCAGAGGGAUGGAUAUCAACCCAAAAAUUCAGGACGAGUACAUGAUCCCCAUCGAGAACCUGAUGAACCCUCGAGCUCUCGACUUCCACGCUCAGAGCGGCUUCGUUUAUUUCGCCGACGCCACCAGUUACCUGAUCGGCCGGCAAAAGAUCGACGGAACUGAGAGAGACACCAUCCUCAAAGAAGGAGUUCACACAGUGGAGGGAGUGGCGGUGGACUGGAUGGCGAAUAAUCUGUACUGGACCGACGAUGGACCGAAGAAAAGCAUCAGUGUCGCCCGACUGGAGAAAGCGGCUCAGACCAAAAAAACCCUGAUCGAGGGUAAAAUGACCCACCCGCGCGCCAUCGUGGUGGAUCCCAAAAACGGAUGGAUGUACUGGACGGACUGGGAGGAGGACCCGAAGGAGAGUAAACGGGGUAAAAUCGAGAGAGCCUGGAUGGACGGCACCAACCGAAAUGUUCUGUUAAGCUCAAAGACGGUGCUGUGGCCCAACGGUCUGAGUCUGGACGUCCCUCAGGGGGUCCUGUACUGGGUCGACGCCUAUUACGACCGGAUCGAGAUGGUUUACCUCAACAGCACCGAGCGCAAGACGGUGUAUGAGGGACAGGAGCUCAGUCACGCCUUCGGUCUCUGUCAUUAUAAAAACUUCCUGUUCUGGAACGAGUAUCGCAGCGGCAGCAUCUACAAACUCGACCAGGACACCAAAACUGUAGCGCUGCUGCGCAACGAGCGGCCGCCCAUCUUCGAAAUACGCAUGUACGACGCCCAGCAACAGCAAGGUACGAACGCGUGCAGAGCGAACAACGGCGGCUGUAGCAUGCUGUGUUUGGCCACGCCGGCCGGGCGCUCGUGUGCUUGUGCUGAAGAUCAGAUGCUGGAUCCUGCAGAUAACACCAGCUGUAAAGCGAAUCCGUCGUACGUUCCUCCCCCUCAGUGCCAGGCCGGAGAGUUCGCCUGUAAGAAUAACCGCUGUAUUCAGGAGCGCUGGAAGUGUGACGGUGAUAACGACUGUCUGGAUAACAGUGACGAGGCGCCGGAGCUCUGCCAUCAGCACACGUGUCCGGCUGACCGGUUUAAAUGUCAGAAUAAUCGGUGCAUCCCGAUGCGCUGGCUGUGUGACGGCGAUAACGACUGCGGUAACGACGAGGACGAGUCCAACUCUACCUGUUCAGCCCGGACGUGUCCCCCGAACCAGUACUCGUGUUCCAGUGGACGCUGUAUCCCAGUCUCAUGGACGUGUGAUCUGGACGAUGACUGUGGAGACCGAUCUGAUGAACCUGUGUCCUGUGCGUACCCCACAUGUUUCCCUCUCACUCAGUUCACCUGUAAUAACGGCCGCUGCAUCAACGCCAACUGGCGCUGCGACAACGAUAACGACUGCGGCGAUAACAGCGACGAGGCCGGCUGCAGUCACUCCUGCUCCAGCACGCAGUUCAAAUGCAACAGCGGCCGCUGCAUCCCCGACUACUGGAAAUGCGACGGGGACAACGACUGCGGCGACUACAGCGACGAGAGCAACGCUAACUGCUCCACCAACGCGACCCGCCCCCCCGGCGGCUGCCACGCGGACGAGUUCCAGUGCCGGAUGGACGGGCUGUGCAUCCCCAUGCGCUGGCGCUGCGACGGCGACACCGACUGCAUGGACAUGAGCGACGAGAAGAACUGCGAGGGCGUGACCCACACCUGCGACCCCACCGUCAAGUUCGGCUGCAGGGACUCGGCCCGGUGUAUCAGUAAAGCCUGGGUGUGUGACGGCGACAGCGACUGUGAGGAUAAUUCGGACGAGGAGAACUGCGAGGCGCUGAUGUGUAAACUCACGCACCACGUGUGCGUCAACAACGCCAGCAUCUGCCUGCCGGCCGAGAAGCUGUGCGACGGGAGGGACGACUGUCCGGACGGUUCGGACGAGAAACUCUGCGAUCUGUGCUCCCGGAACAACGGCGGCUGCAGCCAUAACUGCUCGGUGGCCCCGGGCGUGGGCGUGGUGUGCUCGUGCCCGCUGGGUAUGGAGCCGGGCUCGGAUAAUAAGACCUGCCAGAUCCAGGCGUUCUGCCCCAAACACCUGAAGUGCAGCCAGCGCUGCGAGCAGGACAAGUUCACCGUCAAGUGCUCGUGCUACGAGGGCUGGGCUCUGGAACCCGACCUGGAGAGCUGCAGGAGCACGGACCUCUUCAAGCCGUUCAUCAUCUUCUCGAACCGGCACGAGAUCCGGCGGAUCGACCUGCACAGAGGAGAGUUCAGCGUCCUGGUGCCGGGGCUGCGCAACACCAUCGCCCUCGACUUCCACCUGAGCGAGAGCGCCCUCUACUGGACCGACGUGGUGGAGGAUAAAAUCUACCGGGGGAAGCUCUCCGAGAGCGGAGCCCUGACCAGUUUCGACGUGGUGAUCCAGUACGGUUUGGCGACCCCUGAAGGUUUGGCUGUGGACUGGAUUGCUGGGAACAUUUACUGGGUGGAGAGUAACCUGGACCAGAUCGAGGUGGCCAAACUGGACGGCAGCAUGCGCACCACCCUGCUGGCCGGAGACGUGGAGCACCCCCGUGCCAUCGCCCUCGACCCCAGAGAGGGAAUCCUGUUCUGGACUGAUUGGGACGCGAGUAUGCCGAGGAUCGAAGCCGCCUCCAUGAGUGGGUUCGGGCGGCGCACCAUCCACAAAGAGACGGGGAACGGCGGCUGGCCGAACGGCCUCACCGUGGAUUACCUGGAGAGACGGAUCGUCUGGAUCGAUGCCAGAUCUGACGCCAUCUACUCGGCCAAGUACGACGGCUCCGGCCUGAUCGAGGUCCUCCGGGGGCACGAGUACCUCUCGCACCCCUUCGCCGUCACCAUGUACGGGGGUGAGGUGUACUGGACCGACUGGCGCACCAACACCCUCGCCAAAGCCAACAAGUGGACGGGGCACAACGUGACGGUGGUGCAGAGGACCAACACGCAGCCGUUCGAUCUGCAGGUUUAUCACCCGUCCCGACAACCGCCAGCUCCGAACCCGUGUGCUGCUAACGGUGGUCUGGGUCCCUGUUCUCACCUCUGCCUCAUCAAUUAUAAUCAGACCUUCUCUUGUUCCUGCCCUCAUCUGAUGAGACUGAGUUCUGAUAAUCAGACCUGCUACGAGUCCCGUCAGUUCCUGCUGUACGCUCGGCAGAUCGAGAUCCGGGGCGUGGACGUCGACAACCCGUAUUACAACUACAUCAUCUCCUUCACCGUCCCCGACAUCGAUAACGUCACCGUGGUGGAUUACGACGCCCUGGAGCGCAGGAUCUACUGGUCCGACGUCCGGACGCAGACCAUCAAGAGGUCGUUCAUCAACGGCACCGGCAUCGAGACCGUCGUCUCCGCAGACCUGCCGAACGUUCACGGCUUGGCUGUGGACUGGGUUUCUCGGAACCUGUUCUGGACCAGUUACGACACCAAUAAGAAGCAGAUCAACGUGGCCCGACUGGACGGAUCCUUCAAAAACGCGGUGAUACAGGGGCUGGAGAAACCUCACUGCAUCGUGGUGCAUCCCACCCUGGGAAAGCUGUACUGGACGGACGGCGAUAACAUCAGCGUGGCGAACACAGACGGCACUAACCGCACCGUCCUCCACACCAAUCAGAAAGGACCGCUGGGUCUGUCUCUGGACUUCGAUGAGGAGCGUCUGUACUGGGUCAGUUCUGGUGACGGGACCAUCAACCGCUGCAGGCUGGACGGAGGAGGACUGGAAGUUCUGGAGGGAGCGAAGGGGCGCCUGAACAAACCCUCCGCCCUCGCCAUCAUGGGUGAGAAGCUGUGGUGGGCGGAUCAGGGAACAGAUCAGAUUGGAACGUGUGAUAAAGGUGAUGGAGGAAACUGGAAGAUUCUGAGGAACAGCACGGCUCACAUGAUGCACCUGAAGAUCUACAACGAGAGCGUACAGACAGGUUUGAACCUGUGCAGUAAUAAUAACGGCGAGUGCUCUCAGCUCUGCUUACCCACGUCUCCCAGCUCUCGCUCCUGUAUGUGUACGGCCGGGUACAGUCUGAGGAGAGGAGAGCAGUCCUGCGAAGGUGUGGGUUCGUUCCUGCUGUACUCGGUACAUGAGGGUAUACGGGGGAUUCCUCUGGACCCUGAGGAUAAAUCUGAUGCUCUGGUACCGGUGUCGGGUUCGUCUCUCACCGUGGGCAUCGACUUCCAUGCUGAGAACGAUACGAUUUACUGGGUGGACAUGGGUCUGAGCACCAUCAGCAGAGCUAAACGAGACCAGACGUGGAGGGAGGACGUCAUCACGAACGGGAUCGGGCGGGUGGAGGGCAUCGCCGUCGACUGGAUCGCAGGGAACAUUUACUGGACGGACCAGGGCUUCGACGUGAUCGAGGUGGCCCGGCUGAACGGAUCGUUCCGGUACGUGGUCGUGUCUCAGGGACUGGAUAAACCUCGAGCCAUCGCCGUGCAUCCACAGAAAGGGUACCUGUUCUGGACGGAGUGGGGUCAGUACCCGCGGAUCGAGAGGUCUCGUCUGGACGGCAGUGAGAGAGCCGUACUGGUUAACGUUAGCAUUAGCUGGCCCAACGGCAUCUCCAUCGACUACGAGGAGGGGUUACUGUACUGGUGUGACGCCCGCACUGAUAAAAUCGAGCGGAUCCUGUUAGAGACGGGAGAGAAGCGAGAGCUGGUGUUGGCCAGUAAUAACAUUGACAUGUUCUCCGUCUCAGUGUUCGAGAACUUCAUCUACUGGAGUGACCGGUCAGUGCUGCAAACCCACUCUAACGGAUCUAUAAAGAGAGGAAGUAAACACAACGCCACUGACGCGGUGACGCUGAGAACCGGCCUCGGUGUUCAACUCAAAGAUAUUAAAGUGUUUAACCGAGAUCGACAGCAAGGUACGAACGUGUGCCGGGAGAGGAACGGCGGCUGUGAGCAGCUCUGUCUGUACCGCGGCGGCGGUAAACGGACCUGCGCCUGCGCUCACGGCGCCCUGGACCGGGACGGGCGGAGCUGUCGGGAUUACGACGGGUACCUGCUGUACUCGGAGCGCACCAUCCUGAAGAGCAUACACCUGUCGGACGAGAGGAACCUGAACGCCCCCGUCAAACCGUUCGAGGACGCCGAGCACAUGAAGAACGUCAUCGCUCUGACCUUCGAUUACCGUGGCGGGGGAGGGGCGGGGCCCAACAGAAUCUUCUUCAGCGACAUUCACUUCGGAAACAUCCAGCAGAUGAGCGACGACGGCUCGGAGCGCAGGACCGUGGUGGAGAACGUGGGGUCAGUGGAAGGUUUGGCGUAUCACUGGGCGUUGGACACUCUGUACUGGACCAGCUACACCACGUCCACCAUAACCCGCCACACGGUGGAUCAGAGCCGGCAGGGGGCCUUCAACCGGGACGUGGUGGUCACCAUGGCAGGGGACGACCACCCACGAGCCUUCGUCCUGGACGAGUGUCAGAGUCUGAUGUUCUGGACCAACUGGAACGAGCAGUCUCCCAGCAUCAUGCGCGCCCAGCUGUCCGGGUCCAACAUCGUGGUCAUCAUCGGGACCGACAUCAGGACCCCCAACGGCCUGGCCAUCGACCACCGCGCCGAAAAGCUGUACUUCACCGACGCCACGCUGGACAAGAUCGAACGCUGCGAGUACGACGGCAGCCACCGCUACGUGGUCCUGAAGAACGAGCCGGUCCACCCGUUCGGUUUGGCGGUGUACGGCGAUCACAUCUUCUGGACGGACUGGGUCCGGCGGGCCGUCCUCAGAGCCGGGAAGUACGUGGGAUCGGACAUGAAAGUCUUACGCGCCGACAUUCCUCAACAGCCAAUGGGAAUCAUCGCUGUCGCCAACGACACCAACAGCUGUACGUUCUCCCCCUGUACUGUGAAUAACGGUGGGUGUGGUGAUCUGUGUUUGCUGUCGGCUGAUGGACGAGUGAACUGUAGCUGUAGAGGAGACAGGAGGCUGCUGGAAGACAACACCUGUAUCGCCCUGAACACGUCGUGCAGUAUGAGUGAGUUUGAGUGCGCUAACGGCGACUGUAUCGACUACACGCUCACCUGCGAUGCCACGCCCCACUGCAGAGACAAAUCCGAUGAAAAAUCCACCUACUGCAGUAACAGGGUGUGUAUGAGAGGUUAUAAGCGCUGUAUUAACGGUCGGUGUGUUCGAGUCGGGUCCUGGUGUGAUGGACGAGACGACUGUAAGGAUAAUUCAGACGAAGCUUUCUGUAACGUGACCUCGUGUACGGCGGAUCAGUUCCAGUGUCGUGACGGACGCUGCGUUUCUAACUCCACCCGCUGUAAUCAGAACCUGGACUGUGAUGACGCCUCUGAUGAGCUGAGCUGCCCUCCCACCGACUGUUCCAGUUAUUUCCUCCUGGGUGUGAAGAACGUGAUCUACAGGAAGUGUGAGUUCACCACGCUGUGUUACGCCCCGGCGUGGGCGUGUGACGGCGCCAACGACUGUGGGGAUUACUCCGACGAAACCAAAUGUACAGGUCCGGUGGAGGGUGGAGGGAGGAGAUGUCCUCAGAACAGCUUCUCCUGUCCCAGUGGACGCUGCAUCCCUCUCAGCUGGACGUGUGAUAAAGAGAACGACUGUGAGGACGGAGCCGAUGAAGCCAACUGUGAUAAAGUGUGCGCGGCGUCUCAGUUUGAGUGUAAGAACCGGCGCUGUAUCUCCAGCGUGUGGGUGUGCGAUGGUACCGACGACUGCGACGAUGGAAGCGACGAGGACAGCAGAUGCCAGAACAUGACGUGUAGCGCCGACGCCUUCCGGUGCCCCGGCUCGUAUAAAUGCGUCCCUCAGCGCUGGCUUUGUGACGGAGAUCAGGACUGUCCCGACGGCUCUGACGAGAGCGUGACCGCCGGCUGCUUUUUUAAUAACACGUGUGACGCCCGUGAGUUCAUGUGCCGUAAUAAGCAGUGCAUCCCAAAACAUUUCGUCUGUGAUCAUGAUAAGGACUGCAGCGACGGAUCAGACGAGUCUGAAGAAUGUGAGUACCCGACCUGUAAGCCGAGCGAGUUCCGCUGUGCUAACGGCCGCUGUUUGAUCCAGCGCUCCUGGCAGUGUGACGGGGAAUUCGACUGUCAUGAUGGUUCAGACGAAGCUCCUAAAAACCCUCACUGCAGCGGCCCAGAGAGGACCUGUAAUGACAGCAUGUACAUGUGCAGUAACAGGAAGUGUGUGGAUGAGAUGUUACUGUGUGAUCAGAAUGACGACUGUGGUGACGGUUCUGACGAGCUCAACUGCUUCAUCAACGAGUGUUUAAACCAGAAACUCAGCGGCUGCUCGCAGCUCUGCGACGACCUCAAAAUCGGCUUCAAGUGCCGCUGCCGUGCCGGAUUCAGACUGAAGGAUGAUGGGAAGACGUGUGUGGACGUGGACGAGUGUUCCACCACGUUCCCCUGCACUCAACACUGCAUCAACACACACGGCAGCUUCAGGUGCAUCUGUGUGGAGGGAUUUGAGCUCAGCACCUCCGACCCCACCGUCUGCAAAUCCACCUCCGAUGAGGAGCCCUUCCUGAUCUUCGCUAAUCGAUAUUAUUUAAGGAAACUGAACCUGGAUGGAACCAAUUACACGCUGAUUAAACAGGGUCUGAACAACGCCGUGGCGCUGGAUUUCGAUUACCGAGAGCAGAUGAUUUACUGGACGGACGUGACGACUCAGGGCAGCAUGAUCAGACGGAUGCACAUAAACGGUUCUAACGUUCAGGUUCUCCACCGUACCCAGCUCAGUAACCCUGACGGACUGGCCGUGGACUGGGUGGGGGGGAAUUUGUACUGGUGUGAUAAAGGCCGAGACAUGAUCGAGGUGUCCAAACUAAACGGAGCUUUCAGAUCAGUGCUGAUCAAAACGGGGCUCAAAGAACCCAGAGCCAUCGCCGUCGACGUCCGCAACGGGUACCUGUACUGGUCAGACUGGGGUGAUAAUCCUCAUAUUGGGCGUAUUGGGAUGGACGGGACGAAUCGCAGUGUGAUCGUAGAGGACAGAAUCACUUGGCCCAACGGACUCACGCUGGAUUUCAUUAACGAUCGGAUCUACUGGGCCGACGCCCGGGAGGAUUACAUCGAGUUCGCCAACCUGGACGGUACCAACCGACACACAGUGCUGAGUCAGGAUAUUCCGCACAUCUUUGCCAUGACUCUGUUUGAGGAAUUUAUUUACUGGACUGACUGGGAGACCAAAUCCAUCAACAGAGCUCAUAAAACCCUCGGCACCAACAAAACCACGCUGAUCAGCACCCUGCACCGGCCCAUGGACGUCCACAUCUUCCACCCAUACAGACAGCCUGAGGUGAGGAAUCACCCGUGUCAGGAGGAGAAUGGUGGCUGUAGUAACCUGUGCCUCGUCUCUCCGGGCGGAGGGUACAAGUGCGCCUGUCCCAACAACUUCUACCUCGCCGCCGAUGGAAAACACUGUCUCUCCAACUGCACCGCCAGCCAGUUCGUGUGUAAGAACGAUAAGUGCGUCCCCUUCUGGUGGAAGUGUGAUACUGAAGACGACUGCGGUGAUCGAUCAGACGAACCGUCGGACUGUCCGGAGUUUAAGUGCAGGCCGGGUCAGUUCCAGUGUACUACAGGAAUCUGUACCAACCCGGCGUAUAUCUGCGACGGAGACAACGACUGUCAGGACAGUUCAGACGAGAAGAACUGCGAUAUCCACGUGUGCUUGCCGAGUCAGUUUAAGUGCACCAGUCCGAGCCGCUGUAUUCCGGGGAUUUUCCGCUGUAAUGGUCAGGAUAACUGUGGAGGGGGAGAGGACGAGAGAGACUGUCCCGAGGUGACGUGCGCUCCGAAUCAGUUCCAGUGCACCAUCACUAAGCGCUGUAUCCCCCGGGUGUGGGUGUGUGAUCGGGAUAACGACUGUGUGGACGGAUCGGACGAACCCGCCAACUGCACUCAGAUGUCGUGCGGCGUGGACGAGUUCCGCUGUAAGGAUUCGGGGCGGUGUAUACCCUCCCGCUGGAAGUGUGACGGAGAGGACGACUGUGGGGACGCUUCAGACGAACCCCGAGAGGAGUGUGACGAGCGCACCUGUGAGCCGUAUCAGUUCCGCUGUAAGAAUAACCGCUGCGUUCCCGGCCGCUGGCAGUGCGACUACGACAACGACUGCGGCGACAAUUCAGACGAGGACAAGUGCGUCCCGCGUCGGUGUUCGGAGAGCGAGUUCUCCUGCACUAAUGGCCGCUGCAUCGCCGGACGCUGGAAAUGUGACGGAGACCACGACUGUGCCGACGGCUCAGAUGAGGCUGGCUGUGAUGUGAAGUGUGACAGUGACCAGUUCCAGUGUAAGAAUGGACACUGUAUAACGUACAGAUGGAGGUGCGACGCUGAUCCCGACUGUAUGGACGGCAGUGAUGAGGAGAACUGCGGCAGUGGGGUGGAGCGACACUGCCCCCUGGAUAAGUUCCAGUGUAAUAACACGCUGUGUAAGCCGCUCAGCUGGAGGUGUGACGGUGAGGACGACUGUGGGGACAAUUCAGACGAGAAUCCUGAGCAGUGCAAGAGGUUCCAGUGCCCCCCGACUCGACAGUUCCGCUGUCGGAACGAGCGGGUGUGUUUGCCGCUCUAUAAGCAGUGUGACGGCGUGGAUAACUGCGGCGACUCCAGCGACGAGAUCGACUGCCAGACGCCCCCUGCAGGCUGUAUGAAGGAUGAGUUCCGCUGCAGUAACGGUCGGUGUAUCAGCUCCAGUCUGCGCUGUAAUUACUUCAACGACUGUGAGGAUUUCGGCUCCGACGAGACCAACUGUAACAAGAAAGACUCCAGUCUGAGUGAGUGUGUGCAGGACAGGAGUGUGUGUGGUGACGGUGAUGAAUCUCACUGUGUGAUUAAUGGAACGGAUUCAUUCUGCUCCUGCAAACCGGGAUUCCACAAGAUCAAGGAUCAACAGAUCUGUACAGAUAUAAACGAGUGUGAGCAGUUUGGCGUUUGCUCUCACGUCUGUACCAACAUUAAAGGAUCCUAUAAAUGUUCCUGUUCCCUCCACUUCACCCGCGUCAACCACACCUGUAAAGCCCACGACGGCGAGCGGCAGGUCCUGUACGUCGCGGACGAUAAUGAGAUUCGAACCCUCCACCCUGAGACGGGGACCUGGAUCUACCAGCAGGCGUUCCAGGGCGACGCCAGCGUCCGCAUCGACGCCAUGGACAUGCACGUCAAGUCAAAACGCAUCUUCUGGACCAACUGGCACACGGCCAAGAUCUCGGUGAUGGAGAACUCGCCGGGAGGGGCGACCGCGCCCAGCUCCAGCCACAGGCAGAGCCACCAGAGGGUCGAGGAUCUGGAGAUCCCGAACCUGAAGAUGCCGCGCGGUAUCGCGGUGGACUGGGUAGCUGGGAACCUGUACUGGACCGAUUCGGGUCGUGAUGUCAUCGAAGUGUCUCAGAUGAACGGACAGCAUCGUAAAACUCUGGUCUCCGGCAUGAUCGACGAACCCCACGCCAUCGUGGUGGAUCCCCCCCGCGGGACGAUGUACUGGGCCGACUGGGGGAAUCAUCCCAAAAUAGAGAAAGCAGCGAUGGAUGGAACCAUGAGAGAAAUCCUGAUCCAGGAGAACAUCCAGUGGCCCACAGGUCUGGCGGUUGAUUACUUUAACGAGCGGCUCUACUGGGCGGAUGCUAAACUCUCAGUGAUUGGAAGUGUGAACCUGAACGCCAGCGAUCCGGUCAUCGCCAUCACCAGCAUCAAAAACAAUCUGCACCACCCCUACAGUAUCGACGUGUUUGAGGAUUAUAUUUACGGUGUGACGUACCGGGAGAACCUGCUGUUCCGCGUCAACAAAUUCGGUAAAGGACCGGUGGAGAAUCUCACUACCGGCAUGAACCACGCUACUGACCUGGUACUGUACCACAUCUACAAACAACCUGAGAUGAUGAACCCAUGUGACAGGAAGAAGUGUGAGUGGUUGUGUUUGCUGAGCCCCAGUGGGCCGGUGUGUACCUGCCCUAACGACCACGUGCUGGAUAACGGGACGUGUGUGGAGAUUCGCUCACCCACCACCGCCCCUCCGGGUGGCGUUUGCACCCUGCAGUGUCUGAACGGAGGAAGCUGCGUCCUAAACGCCAGGAAGCAGCAGAAGUGUCGCUGCCGGCCCAGUUACGGAGGAGACCGGUGUCAGGUGGACCAGUGCAGCGAUUACUGUCAGAACGGAGGAACCUGCACCACCUCACCCACAGGAAGUCCGACCUGUCGGUGCCGGGUGGGAUUCACCGGACCCAACUGUAACCUGCGUACCUGCCACCAUUACUGCCAGAACAACGCAACCUGCACCGUCAGCAGAGGGAACCAGCCCGUCUGCACAUGCCACGCCCACUUCCUGGGUGAUCAGUGCCAGUUCAGAGUGUGUGAUGCCGUGUGUGAACAUGGCGGGACGUGUGUUAAGGACGCCGGCGGGUCGGUUCAGUGUCUCUGCCCCCCCCGGUUCGUUGGUAAGAACUGUGAGGUGGAUAAAUGUCACUACUGCUUCAACGGCAAGUGCAUCCCGGCUAAUGCUAAUCAACCACGAGGAGACGUACUCUGCAGCUGCUCUGAUGGUCGGAAUCAGACGAGCUGUUACACGUGUGAUGGUUACUGCGGUAACGGACAGUGUUCCUACAGUCCGGCUAAUCUCCCACAGUGCAAGUGUGCACCCGGGUGGGCGGGGCUUCAGUGUGAGAGUCAUGUGACCAGCAUGAACACAGACUCCAGUAACCGUACGGCGUCCAUCGUUGUUCCGGUAGUGAUACUGGUGCUGCUGGUGUUACUGGUGCUGGGAGCUGGACUGUGGUACAGGAGGAGAAUGAGAGGAGCGAAAGGCUUCCAACACCAGCGGAUGACGAACGGAGCCAUGAACGUGGAGAUCGGGAACCCGGCGUAUAAGAUUUACGAGGGGGAGCAGGAGGACGACGUGGGGGAGCUGCUGGACUCCGAUUUCACUCUCGAUCCUGAUAAGCCGACGAACUUCACGAACCCGGUGUACGCCACGCUCUACAUGGGAGCCCAGAGCAGCCGGAACUCUCUGGCCAGCACGGAUGAAAAGAAAGAGCUGCUGUCCCAAGGAGACGAAGAGCCGCUGGUGGAGCCGCUAGCAUAGACUGGACUGAUCUUAUACAGCACCUGUUGUGUCUUGUGAUGAAGAAAUUUCGCCCCCUGGUGGAGAAUCCGGCCGCGCGACAGCACAGUAGAAAACGUACAAACCGAGGAGCGCUUUCGUACGUCACAGGUUUAGAUUUUCUCCGGGUCGGAACGUCAGAAAAAAACGAUUUUUAAUGUUUAUGAAGCGAUUUUAUUUCCACUCGCAGUUUUUUACCUUCAUACAACAGAGACGCAGAAAUCAGUCAGAAGAUCUGAGCUUUUAUUUUUAUAUGGACCGUAUAGAGGACGAUUGUUGUUGAUUGAUGAUGUUUUUAGCGGCGGAUGAAACCUGUACAGCGCACCGCACAUCUUACUUCUGUAUUUAGUUAGCGUGGUUCGGUUAGCACGAGCUUUUAUGGUACACAGCGUCUGCAGCUACAACACGCGUGCUUUUAAUUUCACUUAUCAGCCUUAAUAAUGCCGAACAAUAUAGAAAUAUAUCAAUAAAUAAAUAUCAUUUUAUAAAUAAUGUUAAUGAUAAUAUUAUAAAUCUGUUCAUACAUUCUGAGCUGCUCGUCUCUCUGAACUUACUUCAUUUCAUUCAAAUAAACAACAAAACCAGUUUAAA